AUGGAUCCUUUGUGUGAAACGAGAGUGCAGUGGGGUGUGUGUGAAACGAGAGUGCAGUGGGGCCUUUGUGUGAAACGAGAGAGCAGUGGGGUGUGUGAGACGAGAGUGCAGUGGGGCAUUUGUGUGAAACGAGAGAGCAGUGGGGUGUGUGAAACGAGAGUGCAGUGGAUCCUUUGUGUGAAACGAGAGAGCAGUGGGGUGUGUGAAACGAGAGUGCAGUGGAUCCUUUGUGUGAAACGAGAGAGCAGUGGGGUGUGUGAGACGAGAGUGCAGUGGGGCAUUUGUGUGAAACGAGAGAGCAGUGGGGUGUGUGAGACGAGAGUGCAGUGGGGCAUUUGUGUGAAACGAGAGUGCAGUGGGGUGUGUGAGACGAGAGUGCAGUGGGGCAUUUGUGUGAAACGAGAGAGCAGUGGGGUGUGGGAGACGAGAGUGCAGUGGGGCAUUUGUGUGAAACGAGAGAGCAGUGGGGUGUGGGAGACGAGAGUGCAGUGGGACAUUUGUGUGAAACGAGAGAGCAGUGGGGUGUGUGAGACGAGAGUGCAGUGGGGCAUUUGUGUGAAACGAGAGAGCAGUGGGGUGUGGGAGACGAGAGUGCAGUGGGGCAUUUGUGUGAAACGAGAGAGCAGUGGGGUGUGGGAGACGAGAGUGCAGUGGGGCAUUUGUGUGAAACGAGAGAACAGUGGGGUGUGUGAGACGAGAGUGCAGUGGAUCCUUUGUGUGAAACGAGAGGGCAGUGGGGUGUGUGAAACGAGAGUGCAGUGGAUCCUUUGUGUGAAACGAGAGAGCAGUGGGGUGUGUGAGACGAGAGUGCAGUGGGGCAUUUGUGUGAAACGAGAGAGCAGUGGGGUGUGUGAGACGAGAGUGCAGUGGGGCAUUUGUGUGAAACGAGAGUGCAGUGGGGUGUGUGAGACGAGAGUGCAGUGGGGCAUUUGUGUGAAACGAGAGAGCAGUGGGGUGUGGGAGACGAGAGUGCAGUGGGGCAUUUGUGUGAAACGAGAGAGCAGUGGGGUGUGGGAGACGAGAGUGCAGUAG